ACCAUAUAUUGGGCUUAGCUAUGCAUUGAGAAUAUCUUCAGCACUUAUACAUUAUUAUUCACGGAAGAUGUUAUCAAAGCAUGGUGAGAUGUGGAUGUUCUCAAUUCCAACUCGGCUGGAAUCAACGAACAGCUGAUUCUUUGGAAGCCUAAACGAAAAAAACAGGAGAGAAAGUGGGAGGCCAAUCUCUCCUUUAUUAAAAGCAAUGUACGUGUUUGGACGGUACCGAAUUUACAGAAGAAGUCAAUAAUGACAGAGGUUUGUGGUUACUGUGAGAGUUGAAUUAAAGAGGGACUAAAGGAAGCGUGACCGACAGAUCACGCUCGACCUUUUCUUACCUAUAUUCUUCCAUCUUCCAUGAAACCAGUCAUGUGAUCAAGACGUCAAGAGUCCAGUUCCAAACAACACGAAAAAUUAUUUUAUUUGUUCAGAAAUCCAUGGACAAUUAAGAAGACCCGUUUCGUCGCUUUAUAUAAACAAGAAGCUCAACAAAUCAAUUUGCCAUUCCAUCCCUUCUGGUUUUGGAGCUCUAGAAUCCAUCCCCUUCUGAGUUCUGUCGCCAUGGCCAAAUCCAUCUCUUCUUUGAUUAUUUUCUUAACAUUCUCCCUUUUCUCCUACUUCUGCUCAUUGGGUGUCGCAGCUGCAAGUAGCAAACCUCGAGGCUUUGCUCGAACUCUGCUGCCGGAGACUUUGGGGCUUAAGCGAGAGAAGAUAACCCACCUUCACUUUUACUUUCAUGACAUUGUUAGCGGCCGCAACCCGACGGCCAUCAAAGUUGCAGCGGCAGCAUCAACCAACAGAUCACUGACAGAGUUUGGCUUGGUGGUAGUGAUGGAUGAUCCCUUGACUGAAACUCCGGAGCCGACCUCAAGGCAAGUUGGAAGAGCUCAAGGGAUCUACAGCUCCGCAUCACUAGAUGAUUUGAGCUUGUUAAUGGUCUUGAACUAUGCCUUCACGCACGGGAAAUACAACGGAAGCACACUUAGCAUCCUUGGAAGAAACACCGUGUUUUCCGAGGUGAGAGAGAUGCCGGUGGUCGGGGGGACUGGGCUUUUCCGGUUCGCUCGUGGCUAUGCUCAGGCGAAGACCCACACUAUUGACCUUAACACCGGAGAUGCAGUUGUUGAGUAUAACGUUUUUGUAGUCCAUUAUUGAGUUUUUUAGUCUCGCUAGCUGAGUUUGUGUUACUGUUACGAGUCUGGAUCUGCAGUACUUGUUCCAGAUAGAAUGCAUACAAACCAUACAUAUAUUUAUUUUUUUCUGAUUUCAGACAAGCGUUAAUGGAGCUAGAUGAUUUAUAUUA